CCCGGUGACGUAAGCGCACCAACUAUACUUUAACCGCGCCGCAGAGCCACGGAGCCGCAGCAGCACUCCACCGAGCACUUUGAACGGACUCCCGCAACACUUUAACGGCUCUUUGUGUUUCUCCUUCUAACCGGUUCUUCUAACACCCGGAGCGAGCCACCCGGUCCGGUCCGGUCCAGUAGGACUUCACUUUUUCACGGAACAACCGACCCGGAGUCAGUGAGAGACAGGUGUGUCUGCUGAUUGGCUGAACCGUGAACCUGCUCUGCACCCCCACCCCCGCCGCGUGCAGCACAGGGAGCUCGAGCGCAGAUAUAUCGGGUGCACCAGGCUCGCGCCACUCAACAGUUCCCCACUCCGCUGGUACCCCCGAGGGCACGCGCGGACUAGGAAAGCAUUGAACAGCUUUAAUCUCGUUUAAAAUACCACAGAGUCCAUGGCUGCCCCGCGCGCACACAGCAGCUGCUUGUGGAUGCUGGUCCUGGGCGCGUGCGUGUCGCUGGUGGUCGGCACGGAGUGCGGGAAGGAGUGCGCCCUGUGCGUGUACCGUCUGCUGGGACAGCAGUCUGGUUUCUCCUCCCUGACAUGCUCACUUGAGUGCGAGGGCGGGUUGGACAGUCAGAAGCUCCGCCUGUGCCGGGACUUCUUGUUGGAGGAGGAAAACCACAUUCCUCUGAAUGCCGACCCCCGUCAACAGCAGGAACAGGAAGCGGCGGGCGCCAUGACAGCUGACGACGAAGACGCGACAUCACCUGAACACGUGCUGGCCAAGAAGUACGGCGGAUUCAUGAAGCGCUACGGCGGCUUCAUGUCUCGCCGCUCCUCCUCACCAGAGGGGGUUCUGGAGGAUCCCGGAAACCAGGACGAAGAGGAAACCAUACGCCUGGAGAUCCUAAAGAUUCUCAACGAAGCGGCUGAGCACGGUGGCGAAGGGGACGGUCAGGGAGGCGAGGCGGUGAAGAGGUACGGGGGCUUCAUGCGUCGAGCUGACGGAGGGGUGGCGCAGGGCGAUCUGCUGGAGGCGGUGCUGGGCCGCGGGCUCAAGAAGCGCUACGGAGGGUUCAUGAGGCGCGUUGGCAGGCCCGAGUGGCUGGUGGACAGCAGCAAGAGCGGGGGGGUGUUGAAACGGGCCUGGGAGAACGGCAGCGAGCUACAGAAGAGGUACGGGGGGUUCAUGGACUAGGACGUCACAGUUAUGACCCUUCACUCCCCCCAUCCCUCCAAACCCCUCUCUUCAACCAGUCACCUUGUAAUCUGGACUUGCUGGUGUUUGAAUCCCCCCCCCACCCCCUCGCUUUGUAUAACGUGCUGCUGCCUACUUCAUUGGUUCAACUGCUCCUGUAAUGAUAAAAAAAGAUAAACAUAUGUUGUUCAGAUGUACACAAAUCAUAUUUUGUUCUGUUUUUGGUUCUCCCGAUGAUAUUAUUUAUUAAAUCAAUCUGUUGAUCGAG